AUGCCGUGGAGGGGCCCCCAGCACAGCAAGAGCUUGGGGGUGUGCCGGGCUUUCUCAGAGCAGGGCGGGCUCCGCUGGUUCAUCGCGUUUCUCUCUCCCGUACUGCGCAUCGUCCUGGCAAGGGUGUUCGUGAACACUGACCGAGAGGACGCGCGGCAAGCCUGCCUAGGUGAGCUCCUCCUCGUCCCGGAGAGCUGCGGCCCCGAGGGGCCCCGGCCGGGCUUCUUCUAUCGAUGCUUCCCGGACGGCCGAGCCAACGCAGAGCUGGUGGGCACGGGCGACCCUGGCAUAGCGAGCGAGGGACGCAAGAGCUUCCCCAGCGGGCACGCUUCCUUCGCCUUCGCUGGUCUCGCCUUCUCUGCCUUCUGCAUAGCCGGGAAGCUGCGGUGCUUCGCCCCUGGCCAGGGCGGCAGGCUCUGUGCCUUCCUCCUCCCACUCUUCCUCGCCACCCUCAUCGCCAUCUCCCGCACCUGCGACUACAAGCACCACUGGCAAGAUGUGCUGGCUGGCUCAGCGAUCGGCUUCGUGCUUGCGUACGUCUGCUCCAGGCAGUGUUACCCUCUGAUGGACUCCAUGUGCCACAAACCAUUUCUGUACAAAUCCAAGCAACUGCCAGCACACCAAGAAAACCCUGCAGCUUCCAGUGUUCGCCUGGACGUGGAGCGAUGGGCUCUGCCCUGCUGGCACCUGCCCUGCUGCUCCUUGAGCGCCGGGGCCAGGGCCUGGGGGAGCUUGGUCUGCGAGAAGUGGCUCAGGGGAGGAUGA